AUGGCGGCUGCGGGAGAGCCCCUCCGUGGGGUAGCCGGUGCGCGCGCGUCCGCCGACCGGCUCAUUUUCAAGCUGAAGAGCAGGCUGGUGGCCGCUGACCGCAAGGCUCUCGCCUUCGAGUCUUCGCUGCUGCACCUCUUCGGCGACGCGGAGGUUGCGGAGAGGGUCGCUUGUAUUCUUCUUGCCCUCACGUCCCUCCUCGCGGGCGAGCGGCCAGAGGCGCUGGACGUCAUUCGGCGCAGCGUGGCGCUCCACUCCGAGGGGCCCUGCGGCGUGUCUCUUGUCUCAGCUGGCCGCGCCGAGCUGCGCAAGGCCCAGAAGCGCGAGCGGGGGCUCGAGGCGAGGAGGGCGGACACCCAGCCCGCGGCCCACGUGCUGUUGCAGGGCUCCCCGCCCCUCGGGGCCGAGAGCGGGCUCCGUCGUGACGCGCCCCCUUUCGUCCCGAGCUCGGGCUGCUGGGUGCCGCUGGACGGCUGCGGCCGCCUCUGCACGCGCGGCGCGACGCGCUACUCGUCGCGCUUCCCGCCGCCGCUCUCCGUUGAGAUGUGA